GGGGGGGGGGGACGGGGGGGGGCGGCACUGACUCAGCCGGCGGCGGGGACUUACCGCGCGCACGCCGCGCUGACACACUGGCCACGCCGCGGGGCAGCCGCCGAUCACGCGCGGGCGCUGGGCGCUCAUUGGCCGCCGACUCACACACCUUUGCCGGCGAUUGGCGGCGGGCGGGGGGGAGCCCCGCCCUCCUCCACUCACCCACCCCCCCCCCCCCCCCCACGCGCGCGCGAGGGGCCGGAGGAGCCGCCACCUGAAUGGGGAGCGGCGAACAAAAAGAGGGAAAUAAAGGCAGCGGGCGGAGAGCGGCGGCGGCGCGGGCUUCGGUCAGCCUCAGCUCCCCGUCACCGGAAGAAGAAAUGGAAAUGAUGAGUGAGAAACAGAGAGACACUAGGUAUUUCUGGAACAAUACUCCUGAAAAAAGCGAUUAUGAGGCUGUAGAAGCCCUUAUUUCUAUGAGUUGCAACUGGAAAUCAGACUUCAAAAAACAUGCAGAAAUGAGACCUAUAACUCCAGCAUCUGAUAUGUCAGAAGAGAGUGAUGAGACUUUGCUUCCUGGAGCAGCAGACUUUAAUGCGAUACCAGCAUUUUGCCUGACCCCCCCCUACAGCCCUUCUGACUUCGAGAUGUCGCAGAUGGUCCAUCCGGGGCCACCGGCACUCGGCAAGUCUCUGGCCGAGGCCGCCAAGCCUGCUCUGGCCGCACCUGGGAGAGAGGCGGAGAGGCCUCUGAAAGCUCAAGCCACGAGUGUGAUCCGCCACACGGCCGAUGCCCAGCUCUGUAACCGCAAAACCUGCCCGGUGAGAACAGCCAGCGUGCUGAAAUACCAGGACAGCGUUUUGAGGGAAACAAGCAGUAAACAAAGCGCUGAAGCAGAACAUUCGGUGCGUUCCGCCGUGGCGCCCAGCGGAGCCGGUGAUGAGAGCGGUGAACUGCCGGCGGUGGAAGGGAAGAACGCAGAACCCGCGGUGGGUCCGGUGGCUGUGGCAAAGCCCUCGGCUGGCGGGCAUCGGCCCGCCCCUGGAGCGGCGGUGGCGGCACUGCCGUGCCCUGCCCAAGGCAGCGGAGCCCCCCCCGUGCCAGUGAUUUGCCAGAUGGUCCCGCUGCCCGCAAACAACAACGUCAUGACGGCCGUAGUGCCCAACACCCCGCGGAGCCAGCAGCCGGCUCUCUGCCAGCCCAUGGUCUUCAUGGGCACCCAGGUUCCCAAAGGCGCCGUUAUGUUUGUCGUGCCCCAGCCAGUUGUGCAGAGCACAAAGGCUCCCAUUAUUAGUCCAAACGGCACGAGACUCUCCCCCAUUGCCCCUGCUCCUGGCUUCGUACCUUCCGCAGCAAAAACUACUCCCCCGGUUGAUUCUUCAAGAAUAAGAAGUCACAUUUGCAGCUACCCAGGAUGUGGGAAGACGUACUUCAAGAGCUCCCACUUGAAGGCUCACGUCAGAACACACACAGGAGAAAAGCCGUUCAGUUGUAGUUGGAAAGGCUGUGAGAGAAGGUUUGCACGGUCUGACGAACUGUCUCGCCAUCGCAGAACACAUACUGGGGAGAAGAAGUUCGCCUGCCCGAUGUGUGAGCGGCGGUUCAUGAGGAGCGACCACUUAACGAAGCACGCGCGUCGCCACUUGUCGGCGAAGAAGUUACCGAACUGGCAGAUGGAAGUGAGCAAGUUAAACGAUGUUGCCGUGCCGCCACCAUCCGCUGCCGCGCAGUGAAGGGACUCGCUCUGGAGACGGCGGAAUUAACUGUUGCCUCUGGGAUACGCUGGCUGAAAAAAAGGCUUUUGCUCCCGGCCUGCGGUUCUCCCGCACCGGCUGCUGACGGCAGAGCAGCAGAGAGACAAAGGCGGUCUGGGCCCCAUCACAAAAAAUGUUGCUGGGAGAACCGGCGGCUGACUGGGAGAGCGGGUGUCUUUUGUGCUGGUAAGGAAAGAGAGAAAGAGAAGGUUCUAGAGUAGAGCAGCACACAGUUUUGAAUUUUGCAAAUUAUUCGUAUAACACUCUAGAUCAGCCCCGUGCAAGUGUUUCUGAGGCUGAUGCUUGAGACCAGCUCUGGUUCUGACUCCCAGCUGUCAGCCUUCAGUACCGCACAGGCUAGCCAGGCGCAGGCUUGGACGCCCGCAGCGCACCUGCGCAACAUAAUCUAAAUCAGUUUUCCUACUUCUGCCACCUUUUCUUGGUAGGAAGCUUUUCCUCCUGUUCAUUCUCCGGCCCCGUCAUAAGCGAUGAUUCGGUGCCAGACUCCUGGAGGUUUCAGACCAGUCCCAGCUGUGUCCUGCUGCCCAGAGGGGCCGGGGCUGGGCCGGCGGGUGGGAUCCUUCUGAAUCCUCAUUAGCUUUGUAAUAUUUUCCCAGCUUCUUUGGCAAGCCUUGUGCUUAUUACAAUUGGUUAUACCUGGGCACCGUACCAUGCUCCUGCCUUUGUGUUGCUUACGGUUUGCUUUAUACCUUCUCGCCACGGUGUACCGCUGCGUUUUUCAUAAACCGAGUGCACUUUUAAGGAAAACAUUGUAACUGUAAACUGCUCGGGUUGAUUAAGGAGGAAACCCUGGAAUCCGAGGCUUCUUGAUCAUGUUAUUCUUUGAAAGAUGGUUUAUACUUCAAAUUAAAUGGAUAUAUUAUGUAUCGUGAUUCAAAAAGUAAAACGAAGCAGUAAAGACACCGGCCUAGAAUUUAAACUGUAGCUUUUGUGACAAAUAAUGCAUCGACUUCCACUAUUUCUAUUUUAUCAUAUUAUGUUGAGGACACAUAUCAGAAAGUGAACAGUUUGAAAAUAGUGUAUUAGAUAUGCUUUUUGUGACUACUUUAAAAAUUUGCACAUUUCUUAUGUUGUACUUUAUACUUUGUUUACAAUAAAACCAAUUUUCUUUAA